UAUCCAAAGGCAAGUCCAUGGGGGCUUCUUCAAAUUUUGAAAAAUAAUAAAAACAUGGAGCCAAACCAUUCAAGAUAGUUGAACAACAAUUCCCUUACCCAUAGAAAAAAAAAGUCAAUGCCUCAGUUUUCUACUUUUUCUCUUGCCCUUUAGUAACAAAACAAAAAAAGAAGCAAAUCAUAAACAAUCACAAAAAGAGUACAACGGAGUAAUUAGCGGGCACUAUAUAUCACUAAUAUUUAUGAUUAGCAUCAGAAACACAGUUCUAAUUAUUUUUCUUUGCUUACAACAGCAGCAAAUGAAACCUACCUAAACUAACACUCAUGAACACUUUCCCUCUCAAAUUUCAUUUCAAUUCCAAUUAUGCCCUCCCCUACCUCCUCCUUCUCUCCACCACCCUCUUCCUACCGCCAACCACCGCACAGAUUCCGAAUGACCUAUCACCACCACCGCCAGGCAAAAUCUCCGCCCUCAAAUUCGAUAAAUCCAUGGCCAUCGUCCUAGUCAUCCUAGUCGUCGUGUUUUUCAUCCUCGGUUUCCUCUCCGUCUACACUCGCCAGUGCGCAGAGCAAAGGAUGAGAGGAAGAUUCGACCUAUCGGUUCCGAUCGUCGGAAGCCACCGGAGACAACGCGGACUCGACUCCGAAAUCAUCGAAACGUUUCCUACCUUUGUUUACUCCGCCGUGAAAGGACACAAAAUCGGAAGAACCCUGCUAGAAUGCGCCGUGUGUUUAAACGAGUUCCAAGACGAUGAAACGCUGCGUUUGAUUCCGAAUUGUAGCCACGUGUUUCAUCCUGAAUGCAUCGAUGCUUGGCUUGUUAAUCACUCCACUUGCCCCGUUUGUCGCGCCAAUUUGAUUCCGAAACCCGGAGAAUCUUCUUUCGUUUCGGUUCUAAUUCCGGAUCCAGAUGUAUCCAAUUCAGAUAACCCGACCCGGAAUAACAAUGAUUCCGAAAUUAAUCUUUCACCUUCUCCUAAAGUGAAUUAUUCAGUUACACCGAACCGGGCCCGACCCGUUCGGUCAAGCUCAACCGGUUUUAAAAUUGGAAGCUGGUUUCCGCGGUCACAUUCCACGGGUCAUUCUCUGGUUCAAGAAGGUGAGAAUUACGAGCGGUUCACUUUGAGAUUACCGGAGGAGGUGAGGAACCGGUUGGUGGGUUCAACACCGAGCCACGUGGCAAGUUGUGGUGUUACGUUUACUCGAGAGGGGAGUGGGAGGAGGGGUUUUAGAACGAGGAGUGUGGGGAGUAGUGCUCCUGGGAGGAACUAUGAGUGGUUUAACCGGCCGGACCGGAGGGGAUUUUCUUGGACGCCGCCGUUUAUGGGUCGAACCGGUUCGAGUUGGUUGAAGAAUAAGUCGCCUGGGAAAUUGGAUGAUGUGGGAGAACGGUCUUCUGAUCGGUUGUUUGCAGGUAAUCGGGGUUAGUUGGAUAGAUUUUAUUUGAUAAAAAUGAAAAUAGUUUUUUUAUUGUUUUUAUUUAUCGUUAAAAUUUGGAAAUACAUGAAUCUGGUGAAGAAUUUGAAGAUUGUUUAUGCAAGGUAUAGAGUUUUUGUUCUUGAAUAUGGUGUUACAAUUUUUUUUGAAAUUGUUUUUUGAAAUUAAUUUAAUGACGUUGUUAUGAUUUAUUUUAUUUAUUGGAUUUAUCUUUUUUAUCAGUUUCAUCGCUUUCAUUUAAAAUGAUAAUAUAAAUAAUUUUGGGAUAUAGACUAGAAAGUGACUAGAUCCUCUUUAAUAAGUUACUUGUAUCGUUUUUGUGGGACAACAUUUAGUUCUAGAACACGUAAAAUGUAAUGGUUUAAUUAAGUGUGGUUGGUCCUAAGUCUCAUUCCAAGGAAAGGGACCUAAUAAUUAAUAAUUUUAUUAGCGAGUACUAGUAAUUUAAGUUUAAUGAGUUUUGCAAAGUUAAUAACAGUAUUUAAAUUUUCAAAAAUUGAAUGUAUUGUUUAAAGAAGAAUAUUACAAUCAUGCUGAUCGGUUAUGAAGAAAGUGAAGGCAACCUGCAUAUGGAGGAGGCAAUUGAGGAGCAAACAGAUGGGAUUAGAGGGUAGUUGGAGUGUGCGAUGGGAGCCGUUGUGGCUGUUAAAAAAUAUCAAUCCUGCAGGCCGGCAAGUUUAUAAGACUAUGGGUUCACCAACUGUCAUCCAAUCUUAAUAUUAGACUUAAAUGAAAAUAUUGAUAAUAAGAUAUUCAUAUGGGCAAGACUUACAUAACGUGGGCGCAUCCAAUUAAAACAUUGUGAUGCAUAACUAUUAAUAUAUCUCACUUUUCUAAUUAAAAAGAAGAUAUGAUAUUUUUACCUUGCAAACAUCAUACUUCAACGUAUAUAGGCCCCUUAAACUCACCCUUAAUUCUAUUGUCUUGAUUUCAUAUCUGUUAUACAAACAAACUACUCCAUUCCAUCAAUGAAUCAGGAGUAUUUGAAAAUUACGGAUUUGUUGGCUGGAAUUUUGAUGAGAAGUAAACUUCAGCUAGAGAAGUUUGGAAGCAGAGUCGACCCAUAAACAAAAUGUGGAGAAGUCGAUUGAGCCUGAAGACUGGAGAAGUCGACUAGACCUAAAAAUUGAAGCAGUCGAAUGGGCUUAAGGAGUUGGGAAUAGUGCAAUAAAAAGGCCCAAUUGGAGUCAGUUCGUACGAAAUGAAAUCAGACUUGGGUAGCCAAAGUGGAGAGCGUGGACCCUGCCAUACCCCAAUUUUUUACCCUUAGAUUCCUCAAUCAUUUGCAUUCUUACCACUAAUCAAGAUCACCAUCUUGAGUUUAACUUUUAGCUUUGUGCCCAUUUCACCUUUGGAGGGAAUCACCAAGCACCCAAGUUUCUGCAACUUGUGAAUAUUUCUUUGUUAUAUUACACUAACCAAAAUACAAAAAGAUAUAUUUUUCUUUUAAAUCUUUGUGCCUUGUAGGUGAUUGAAGCAAAUGCAUUCACACUCUCUCCUAAAACCAGGGUUUUGAGGAUCAACCCUCAAUCAGUUGAUCAUUCAUGGAAGCUAAGUGGCUUGGAAUUCAAAAGAAAUGUCCUUAUCAUCAAGUGUUAUAUCUUGAGCAUCUCUUAAUUUCAUUUGAUCAAAUUUAUCUUAAGAUCACGUGGCUUGGUUCAUCAAGAAACUCCAUAGGUUCAUGUGUUUAUUUCCAUGCCUUCUCCAACAAGUUUCAUCAAGUUAUAAACCUCAUCAUCAAGUGUGCUUCAAGACAAUAUCAUUUCAAAAAGUCUCAUAUAUCUCCUCAUGCUUUAAAAUGCAAGGAAAGUUCAAGAGAUUCAAAGUUGGUUCAAGAAGUUUGACCUAAUUUGACAAAUCUUUGAUUAUAUGAUUACGAGGGCGUAACUCCCUCAAUUUUCAACAUUUUUAGUGCUUCUUUUUGCAAUUGAUUCUCCUUGACACCAUCAACAACUUCUCUUUACAAGUCAAGAAUACAUUUUGUGAAUAAAGUAAUCAAAAGUGAGAAGACACUAUAGGCCCUUCAUUGAAAGUUCAAGGAAUUGUGUGUCCACUUCAAAGGAUUAUAACUUGCUUAUUUCUUAUCAUUUUGAGCCUAAUCUUUUUGCAUAGUAAGCUUGAAUGGGUCUAAUUUAAGUCAUCUUUGGAGGUAAAAAACAAAUUUUAAGUGGAAGAUCAUGAAAGAAGGAGAAACAUUCGAGGUCAUUUCAAGAUGCCUAGGCUUUAAGGCAUGCCAUGUGUGCAAGACUGACCACAAACCCAAAUUGCUUAAUUUUAACUUUCUCUCACAUAAAUUUUGGCUAUAAGCUUAUUUUUCCAUUCUCUACAACUUUAAUGUUGGGACUUUUGAUCAAUUCAAGCUCUAAAGUACUCAUUUGAGUCAUACAUAAAGGGGUUUGAUGAAAUGAUCUCCCAAGAUUGGCUUGUUUUUGCCCAAGUUGACAAAGGCAUUUCUAUCAAUUCAUGAAGUCUAUGGAGGUGAUUCUUUUUGCACUAUGUUCAUCUUGAUAAUGAGAGUAUUUGGCUCGAAGAAAAUCUCAAAACGCACACACCAAUUUCUUGGGGCCUAAGGUUGAAGUGAGUUGCCCAAAAAUGUCAAAGUUGCUAAAAUUGGCUUAGUGUUUUAUGCAUUAUUUUUCCCCACUUUGAGGAGCCAUAACUUUUGAUACAAGAAUACAAAUGGAAACUUUUGAAGCUCAUGAUAAAGCUUGAUCACCCAGCUUUCCAAAGAGUCCAAGAUUGUACCAUAAAGGUCCCUAUAUUGCUUGCCACAUGAUGUUGAAGUUGAUACCUUAAGGCUUAAGUUUCCACUUACAAUCAAAAGCGAAUUUGAUUAAUGUGACCUCUAAUCACCAAAUUGAUGCUUGAAUUUCACUUAAACAUGUUUAACAAAGUUAUCUGAGCCAAUUAGAAUGCCAAAACGCAUGAUUUGGAUGAGUUUUGACAAUUUGCAAGUCACACUUUGCUCAUGAUGCAGGUGUGCACGAAUUCGUCUCAAAUUGUCUCAUCCACCUUUCCUCAUUAUAUCAUUCACUUAUCCUAUAAAUAAGGAUCUCAUCCCCAUAAUUUUGCAAGCUUUAGAGAGCCAAAAUCACUCUGCCACAUUUCUUCCAAAGCUCACAAAAAUCAGAAAUCGGAUUCACCUUUCCAAGCUUUCCAGUUCUAAUCUCUUAACUCUAUCUUCAUCCUUGAACUCCUUUAAAGCUAACCACACCAUUUACAAGCCAAAUCGUGCUUAGAAUCAA